CGGUUCUAGCCUCGAUCGCAGCUGCGGCGUGCUAUUGUUUAGCAAUGGCCGCCGGCGCUGUGUGAACGACGAUCGCCAGUCAAAAUUGAUCCCGAGUCACCACAAUGCAGCGGACUGCAUAGGGCGCGAGGUUAAGCGAGGACUGUUGAAGGCAGGCGCCACGGCAGCGAUUCGCCGGCGGCGCAAGACGUCGCCGUAUUAUUCUACUACCAGCGCCACAUGCGUAGUCCGAGAUUUACAUUGUUACGAAAACGUUGUUCCAAUCCACGAUGCUCAACAGCCGAUCUGCUUGAAUGCAUCGAAGAGGGGACUAUGUCUGUGUCUGUUUUGUGACGCGGCGCCUCCCCCGACGAUGCUGUCGUCCGGGUCACGUCUGCGGCCAUCCAAUGAGGAAACUCGAAUCAGCUGUGUCGGGGAAGUCGUCAGCGGCCGAGCCCGUUCCCCGAGAAGUCUGGUGUUCCAGUGGACAGGCAUGGCUCGGGAGCCUGUCACUCUCAAUGUCUAUGACAUGUACUGGAUCAAUGAAUACACGGCUCCAAUUGGCCUUGGAGUAUUCCAUACAGGUGUAGAAAUUUACGGGACAGAGUAUGCAUACGGGGGCCACCCAUUCCCUUUCUCGGGAAUCUUUGAAAUACCGCCAAAAUUCGCGAAUGACCUCGGAGACCAGUUCAAGUACAAGCAGAGCAUCCUGGUGGGCCACACAGACUUCAACCAGAUAGAUGUACGCAAGAUUGUUGAGGAGCUGGGCAACGAGUUUCGCGGGGACCGAUACCACCUCAUGAACAAGAACUGCAACCACUUCUCGGGCGCCCUGACCAAGAUCUUGUGCGGAGAGGAGAUCCCGGCCUGGGUGAACCGACUGGCCUACUUCAGUUCUUGCGUGCCUUUCCUCCAGCGCUGCCUGCCCCGAGAGUGGCUGACGCCCAUCGCACUCCAGGCCAGCAUCCAGGAGGGCAGCACCUCCAGGGUCCACAGUCCCUCGUCGGUCCACCCUCCGUCACCGCCGCCGGCGCCGAAUCCCACACGGUCGUCGCAAAAGCGCGUGCCCCGGAUCUGACACGUGGCCCCCGAAUCACGAAAAACGGCGCGACCCACACCUUCCCUCGGGCCCCUGCAUCCAGCCCCACUGUUGCAAAGUAUGGUGCUACAGCCGUUGGUCGUCCGUCAUUGAGAUGUGGCCGAGGCAUGGUUGUGACUCUUGCCGUGGAAUCAAAGGUUUAAAAAAAAUGGAAGAAAAGCCAGUUGUCAAAGCCCAAGGCGUGGUCAUUUGGUGUGACUGACAAUGCUUCGCACUGGCCAGCUGGCGUCCUUCGGUGCUACACACCCAUUGUGCCAUUCAUCUAUAGUGAAAAACGAAUCACCACUGUGUGACACAUUUGAAAAGCCCCGUAUUGAUUGCGUGUGUGCAUGUGUGUGACCGACCUUGCCAAGUUUUACGUGGCAGCGUGCUGUGGAAGGAAAGUCGCCAACUCGCCCGAGGAAAGCUGCACACUCGGUGGAGUCCCAAGGUCACGUUGCAGCAGGUCGCCUUAUACCAGGCACGCUCCGACGAGUGCCUUGUUGUCAAAGCGCUUCAAUUGCCGUCAGGCAUUAUUGAACGUACGAGAAGGAUUGAAGGCGAAGCCUCUGCCCCGCUCAAGUAUGAUGCGGCAAAUCGCGUGCAUUUUUGAAAGCUUAAAGAGCCUACUUUCGGGAUUGCGUUAGUUUAAAGGUUCCGAGGAACCGUUUGGGCAUUCUUGUAGCUACUGUUGUGGUGGCAAGAUGUUUUGUGUUGUCGUACUUCCAUGUGUCUUUUUCUUCAUUAUUUCUUUUUCUGCAAACGUAGUAAUGAAUGUUGCGCUUGAUGCCAAAUCUCGCAUACAUACAUAGAAAGUUUUUGACCUGGCUUGUUCUUUUGGGCAUUUUGCAGCAUAUAUUUUAGCUUUACGGACAUGUUUCGAGAUUUAAUUUUUGAAGCUAUCUUGAGUUCUACGUGUUGCGCCAUCUCGAGCAACCACUGUUGCACACCACAGUAGGCAGUCAGUAGCUCGCACUGCCAAGUUCUGCAGUGUGUUUACUUGACUUGAGCGAAUAAAUGCACUACACAGCUUGGCAGUUGCUACAAGUCAUAACUGUGGUGUACAUCACGCAGCGUGCGAGCCGUAGAUUGUUUGUCAUGAUUAUGCCAUUUAUACAUGAGACCAAAGCAUCAUACAAAAGACAACAGGUAUGUUUUUGUUUCUUUAUAUGCCAUGUAGCACUUGUUUGUGUAACAUUUAAGCAUUUAUAUUGCUACUUGUCUCGAUGAAGUCUUCGGACUCUUAUAGCGCGUCUCCAGUCUUGUAUGUUUCGCUGUGUGUAUUUUUGUAACAAAUUUUAUAUAAAUUGUCUCGUAGUUUACCAAGACUCACUGAUUUAGUAUUAAAUUGUGCUUGUUAUACCUUGUUUCAGUCAAUCACUCGCAGCAUCAGUUAGUGCCUUGGUGAUGACAAAGUGCAUUUUAACUGAAUGCUCUAAGCUGUGCGCUUUGACUAGCAGCUGUAUUCCACAGCAUUAGAGCGAUAGCCAGCAAGUAUUUGGAGUCUGCACAACACGAAAGAUAUGCCGAGUUAAAAGGGACGAUGAAGGCAAGUAUUUAAGUCUAGCUACAGUGAUAGAUGACAGUCCCAAAACUUUCUCUUGUGAUUAUUAUGGGCCACAAAAGGACAAUCACUAAUAAAAUAGCGAUCAGAGAUGGUACACUCUGUGAAAGUGAGAAAUAAAGCAAGGGAACUGGUGGAGAUUUGUGAUCAGUCGGCUGACACAGCUAAAAAAAAAAAUCCUACCUUGUGCUGGCAAUCCCGAAGGCCGUGCUUUUCUACCAACCUAGAAAUCUGAAGAGUUGCAAAAAGAGGGUGCCACACUUCCGCAUGUAAUGAUGAAAGGGCAGUGUCGAAAAGGUCGGAUUAGCGAAUUCUCCACAGUCCAUGCCCAAACUUCCCAUUUCCUCUUGUGUUAAAAUGUAACAUAAUUAUCUUCCAGUUGGCAGCAGCGGUUGAAAAUUGCAGCCAGCAUAUAUUGCGUAUUAUUAAAGUUCUUUGUCUGUCUGUCUGUCUAUAUUGCGUAUAGAAAUGUUGUUGGAGCUGGUUCUGUAUUUUCACAGGGGCGGUGCAGAUCCUGUCUCAUGUAUUUUAAGGCCAUCGACGGCUCAUUGGCCAUGGCAUUGUGCUGCCGAACUUGAGGUCGAGGGUCCGAUUCCCUGCCGUGCGACCUCAUGCGGAGGGUGGGGUGAACUGCAAGAGCACUCGUGUACUUAGAUUUCGAUGCAGGUUUAAAUUUAUCUUGAGCCUCCUUUCCCCCGCCACGGCAUGUCUCGUAGCCGUCAUUACUUUGGGACAUUGAACCCCAUGGCGUGAUUUGGCAUUUUGAGGUGCGAUUCUAUCACUGUACCUAGACUUAGCGAGUGCCGGCUUCUAGCAUGCCGUUGAAGAAGUGAAAUUGACUACAUUUUGCCCACCCUUAUUAUUAUCAUGCCUGCAUUUCGUUCUUCCUCCUGGCCCCCCACCACCCCCUCCAACUCUGCUGAAUCUCCUCAGUGACUGAUGUCUUGUGUGUGGGUGCUACUUGUUAUUUCACUGCCAGGCACACUCUGUUGGAUGGGCUGUUUUUAGCAUUUAAUUAUGUUCUAGUAGAGGUGGUAGUAAUUGAGUGCAGUAAGGUAGACCUUUGCCACAAAUAGCUACAGUUUGUGUGCCUUUUCUGUUAUUGGAGGUGCUUGUGACUUGCUGCUUGAUAUUUAGGUCUGGCUGAGUGUCAUGGUCUCAUGUAAAGUUUUUAUACUUAAAAGUGAUCACUUGGUUCCACAAGGAGCUUGCAUAGCUGUAAUCAAUGAACAGCAUGAUACUGUGUUCUGUUGGUGGUUGAAGCAAAUAUUGCAAGUGACCUCAUGUGAGGAUUGUCAUCGUUUCUAUGUUGUAACAUGUUAAUAGAUUACCAAAGUUGGAACCCAUUUUGAAGGGGCAGCGCUGCCUUUUGUCUUCGUCAUCUUGCGCUGU